GAUUUCUUUAUCCCGAAAGCAACCAAAAAUCGCCGGUCAACGCCAGGAAGCGCAGAAGAAGAAGAAGAAGAAGAAGAAGAAGAAGAAGAAGCAGAAGGAAAGAUCAGACUCUCGUUCGACCAUUCAAAGUCCCCAAAAUCGGAACCUCGACUUCGGAGAACUCCUCCGGCCGAUUCGAGCUCCGUUCUCGCCGUUCCCGGCGACCAGAUGAAGCCGCGGUUACGGACGGCCGGCUUGCUGGCGAUGCUGAUGAUGAUCUCGGCCUGCUGCAGGGUCGAAUCCAAGUGUGGCAAGAGCUGCUUGGCCCUGGCCUCGUACUACGUCUGGCAGGGCACGACCUUGACGUUCAUAGGCCAGGUCCUGUCGGCGCCGGUCGCGGACAUCGUCAGCUACAACAAGGACAAGAUCCCGAACCAGGACAGCGUCCGGUCGGGGAUCAGGAUCAACAUCCCCUUCACCUGCGGCUGCAUCGAAGACGAGUUCCCCGGUCAGAUUUUCAAUUACACGGUGCAAACAGGCGACACCUACGGCUUGGUCGCGACGCAGAACUACUCGAACUUGACGACCGCCGCGUGGUUGCAGAAUUUCAACUCUUAUCCCGCGACCAAUAUACCGGCCUCCUCCGUUUUGAGAGUGGUUGUCAAUUGCUCGUGCGGGGAUAGCGCGGUUUCGAAGGAGUACGGAUUGUUUAUCACGUAUCCGCUGAGGGCGGGGGAAACUCUCGAGUCGGUCGCGGCGGAGGUGAAUUUGAACGCUACUCUGCUGCAGAGCUAUAAUCCUGGUGUGAAUUUUAGCCAAGGGAGUGGUCUGGUGUAUAUUCCCGGGAAAGAUGCAAAUGGAACCUAUCCAGCUCUGAACUCAAGCACAGGAGGACUAUCUGUUGGAGCAAUUGUCGGCAUAAUUGUCGCAGCAGUAGCAGUGUUGUCGUUGUUGGCAUAUUGUCUAUACGCUGGAAUAUACCGAAAGAACAAAGUGAAGGAGGCAAUGUUGCUCUCAGGAUCUCAUGAAUUAUCAGCUCAAGCAGGGAAUGUUCCGGGAAGUGACUCAGCAAAACCUUCUGAAUCAACUGGUCCAGCUGGUGGUGCUUCAACAGGUCUUACAGGAAUCACUGUGGACAAGUCAGUGGAGUUUUCAUACGAAGAAUUGGCCAAGGCUACCGAAAAUUUUAGCCUGGCUAAUAAAAUUGGGCAAGGUGGCUUUGGAGCUGUCUAUUAUGCUGAAUUGAGAGGCGAGAAGGCUGCAAUUAAGAAGAUGGAUAUGCAAGCUUCAAGAGAAUUUCUCGCUGAAUUGAAGGUUCUAACGCAUGUUCAUCACCUUAACCUGGUGCGUUUGAUUGGAUACUGUGUUGAGGGUUCUCUUUUCCUUGUCUACGAGUAUAUUGAGAAUGGAAACUUAAGCCAACAUUUGCGUGGCUCAGAUAGGGAACCACUUCAAUGGUCUACCAGGGUUCAGAUUGCCCUUGAUUCUGCAAGAGGUCUUGAAUAUAUCCAUGAGCAUACAGUACCGGUUUAUAUCCAUCGAGACAUUAAAUCGGCAAAUAUAUUGAUAGACAAGAACUUCCAUGCAAAGGUGGCAGAUUUUGGUUUGACAAAAUUGACUGAGGUUGGAAGCACAUCUCUUCCCACACGACUUGUAGGUACAUUUGGAUACAUGCCGCCCGAAUAUGCCCAGUAUGGCGAUGUCUCUCCUAAAGUUGAUGUGUACGCUUUUGGUGUGGUCCUUUACGAACUUAUUUCUGCCAAGGAGGCUGUAGUCAAGGCAAAUGGUUCUAUUGCUGAAUCAAAGGGCCUCGUUGCUUUGUUUGAAGAGGUUCUUAACCAACCCAAUCCCAGAGAGGACCUUCACAAGCUUGUUGACCCUAGGCUUGGAGAUAAUUAUCCGCUUGAUUCUGCCCAGAAGAUGGCCCAGCUUGCGAAAGCUUGCACACAAGAGAAUCCUCAACUGCGCCCCAGCAUGAGAUCUAUCGUGGUGGCCCUGAUGACGCUUUCAUCUACGACGGAGGAUUGGGAUGUUGGCUCCUUCUACGAGAACCAUGCUCUGGUGAAUCUAAUGUCCGGAAGGUAGAAAAUUCCCCUUUUUGCCGGAAUCAUACAAUCACAUUUUUCAAGCUUUCGUUCCUAUGUUGUAUGUGUAUAUUCAUGUAGCUGGUCAUGGACGAAUUGUAAAUUAUUCUCUUGAGUCUUUUCUUCUCCCUAGAAAAGGAAUUCUUGUGGAGCUUGUUCGAUGUGCAUUGGUUGUAUGUACGUUCCUAUAGAGUAUAUACAUACUGAGACCCUGUCGUGCUACAACAAACAGCAUGAUCGGAUGAUCUGAAAAGAAAACCUUUGAGGUAGCAGAAA